UCAUUAGUUAGUACCAUAGACUUAUAUUAUAAUAUAAGUCUAUGGUUAGUACUCACAAUUACCUGAUAGUAAUCCAACUAGUAGUGUUUGGAGAGAUUUAUUUUAAAGUUAUCUUCGUAAACAAUUUUUAUUUUUUAUUUUAUUUAGAUAUAUCAGGUGCAAUUUUUUUUCAUUGUAUGUAAGUUAAUUUUAAAUGUAUUCUGUACUUUUGUGCAUAAAUCAGUGCGAACUUGUAAUGCAAAAGGAUUUUAACAAUCAAGAGACACGUGUACAGUAUUUGUGAAAGGCAGAAAACAGAAAAUACACGAACGUACACAAUAGACCUACACCAUAAUAAUAUACCAUAUAUUAUUAUAUAUUCGUCCUAAAUAAUAAAUACUGCAGACCGACAUCUACCUACCUGUACUUAGUGUACUUGUAUAUCGAUCGAGACCUGCAGUGAUUGUCGAACUAUCACGUGUGUAGGUAAAAAAAGAUAAAAAAGAACUAAAACCGUGAAAAAAAAAUAAAAAUAUGUCGUCUUCUCCAUUGUCAUGGUCGAAAGCGGAAUCGGUAGAGGCAAAGGUGGCCAAGUUCGAGAUGUUCAUCAACGAUGUCCUCAAGGACAGCCUAAAGCAGAUCUCUACCGCUCUGGAUGUGAUCAACGAACAAAUUGCGGAACUGGAAGACGUGCGCAAUACCGUGGAGACAAUGAGUCGGUUAGCGUGCGAACUUCCAGCCGGCAAGCCAUUGAAGACUCGUGUCAAUGUGGGGUGCGAUUUCUUCAUGCAGGCCAACGCGGACGUCCGGACGUUCUUGGUAUGCGUGGGUUUGGGCUAUUAUGUUGAGUACUCCAAGGACGAGACACUGGCGCAUGUUCAGAUCCGAACCAAGUUGCUCAAGGAACGGGCGGAUGAGCUCCGCGACAAGGGGGCCCGAGUACGAGCUCAAAUCACCCUGGCCCUGCACUGCAUACAGGAAGUGCAAGGCUUAUAGUGAUAAUAUAGUUAAUGCAUGCAGGCAGCCAUAUUUUAAAAAGCUACAGCGAUCGACUGAUGCAUAUAAGUAAUGGCAGCUAUACUGAAUAUGCAUACAUUAACGAAGCUAUACUAAUUGUCGCUUCGUUAUAUUUUUAAAAUGUCAUUCAAAUGAAAUAUUUAAUAUUGUAUAGGUACAUUUUUUUUCAUUAUAAUAUAUUUUUUGAAUCGUGA